GAACUCCCUUGAUUAAUUACUUCUUUAAUUUACAAAGAAAUUAACAAUGGGGAGUGAAGGAAUAGAAGUACUAAUGGUGACACUAGCAUUACAGGGCCACAUGAACCCCAUGCUCAAGUUCGCCAAACAACUCGUAUCAAAGGGUGUACGCAUCACAAUCGCCACCAAUGACUACGCCCGUCACCGGAUGCUCGACUCCAAAAACUCGUCCGCACUCUCCGUCACAAACGGUGGCGCCGCCGCUGGAAGCAACGCAAUCAAUCUUGAGUUCUUCUCUGACGGUCUUAGCCACGAAUUCGACCGCGGCAAGCACGCGGACAAAUUCAUCGACGCAGUGAAGACGGAAGGAUAUAAAAAUCUCUCAAGCCUCAUUACCAACCUAACCAAUUCUGGCAGGAAAUUUUCCGCCAUUAUAAUUAAUCCAUUUGUUCCGUGGGUAGCCGACAUUGCAGCCGAACAGGGGAUCCCCUGUGCCGCGCUCUGGAUCCAAGCAUCCUCUGUUUACUCCAUUUACUACCAUUAUUUUAGGCAUAUGGAAUUAUUCCCAGAUUUGAAGUACCCAAAUGAGACAGUGGAAUUGCCAGGACUGCCGGUUUUGGAGGUCAGAGAUCUUCCAACUUUUAUACUUCCUUCGUCCCCGCCUCACUUUCGGAUUCUGGUUGAGGAAUUUGUAAGAAACUUGGACAAGAUAAAAUGGGUUCUAGGAAGUUCAUUUUACGAGCUGGAGGAGGAAAUUGUGAAAUCAAUGGCUUCUCUGAAACCAAUUUCUUCAAUUGGUCCUUUGGUGUCGCCAUUUCUUUUAGGGAAGGAAGAAACCGUGCAAGGGAAUGUUGAUAUGUGGAGCGUUGAAGAUUCGUGCAUUCAGUGGCUAGAUAAGCAGCCGCCGUCCUCCGUCAUCUACAUUGCAUUUGGCAGCAUUAUUAUUUUGAAGCAGCAGCAGAUUGAGAGCAUCGCAGCGGCUUUGAAGAAGACCAAGCAGCCAUUUUUAUGGGUGCUUAAGAAGUCAGAUCACGCAACAGAUGGUGAGUUACCACUAGGAUUCAUAGAAGAGACCAAGGAGCAGGGACUAGUGGUUUCAUGGUGCCCGCAGGAGAGAGUGCUGAUACACCCUGCUUUGGCGUGCUUCGUGACACAUUGUGGGUGGAACUCAACACUGGAGACGGUGGUGGCAGGCGUGCCAGUGAUUGCUUAUCCGGAGUGGACGGACCAGCCAACUGAUGCCAAGCUCUUGGUCGAUGUUUUCAAGAUGGGAGUGAGGAUGAGAAAUGAUGAAGAUGGGACUCUGAGCACAGAAGAGGUAGAAAGGUGCAUUAGGGAGAUAAGUGACAGGCCAGGAACCGUGGCGAUGAAGGAAAAGGCGAUGGAAUUGAAGGCGGCGGCAAAGAAAGCAAUAGAACCUGAAGGUUCUUCGGACAAGAACAUUAAUAGAUUUAUCAAUGAAAUGAUCGGAAAAUCUUUCUCAAAUGGUACAAUUGUAGUCUAAUUUAGCUAGGAAAAAAAAAAAAUAAGGAAUGGAUCCAACU